UGUGCAGUUUAUUUAAAUAUCAGCCGUGGGAGGGCUACAGUUAAAUGGGGAGGAACAAGACAGAUACAUUUUUGAUACAAAGUUCUGUGCAAUAACGUUGGGGAAGCUUCAGACAAAACUCUCAGUAGCCGAAUGGUUUUACGCAAUUAUUUUUAAAACACUGUUUGGGGGGCUAGGGGAACAAAAGAAAAUUGUAAAGGAGAAGUUUUAUUUUAAGACGUUAAGAGAAGCGGCCUGGAGAAUGUGGCGGAUGUUGAGGACUCUGCUCUUGGUGUGGCUGCCUGCCGUGAGCGGCCACAAUGCCAGCCAGGAGGAGGCAAGUUCCCGAGAUGAGCUCUUGCUGUGCAGAUCGUGCGGCUUCGAGGUGGCCGCCAGUCGGGACCUCAAGUUCGUGGCCAGCGCCCUGGCUUUAGCCCAGCGUAACGACACGGUGAUUGGCGAGCGCAGGGUCCCGGUGCAACUUUUCCAGAACCCCCAGGGGCUUCGCUUCCAGGUACUCACUUUCAAGAAAGCCGCUGUCCACAGGCACUGGCCGGCGGAGGAGCAGUUCUCCUGGUUCCCUGGACACUCUUGGACAGUGGCAACGUGUCCCAGGUGCCACAACCACUUAGGUUGGUCAUUUCAGCCUAGCAUCUGGCCUCAGCAUAUUACGGAUGAAGAGUUUGAGGAAUCAGAAGAGACAUUUGUUGCACUGAUUGUAGACAGACUCCUCCAGGAGAAUUUUGCUGCAACACUUCUCAUGGUACCCAAGUCCUACCGGAGUUGAAAUCAAACUUUUUUCCUUUUUUUUAGUAGAGAAAUAAACAUAUUUAUAACUGA